AUGUGUUUCGGCCAUUGCAGCAACUGCGGGCAAAUCGACUCUGUGGAAGACCUCAUGAAAGUCCUCAAUCACCCCAAGUUUGAAGCGGCCUUCGAGGCAACCUUUAACUCCUACGUACAGUCUCAACCCGAUAAGAUGCAUUAUUGCCCAACUCCCGAUUGUCCCACCAUCUAUAAAGCCUCUAAAGAACCUGGUGUGUUUCCUGGAUUAAAUGCUUGGCUUCGAUCGGUGUCAGAUGUCGAAAAUUGA